CUUCGCUGAGAGCGCGCGGGCACCUACCGCUUCCCCAUUUUCGCCGAGGGAGCCCGCAGCAGCAGCUGCCACCCAUACGAACAUCUCAGCAUUUUUUUUGUUUAAUUUUUAAUGUUUCUUCUCCCGCCCGACACGAAAGAACGCCGCGGUUUUAUAUACUACGCCCCCUCUUCAUAGCGCUCCUUCGAGUUCGAGCUGCCACCGUCUCUCCUUCCUCCGUCCCCUCUUCCCUGCUCUGCUCCAUCAGGGCAGGGGCUUGCAUCAGAGAAGGUAGUAGAGAGGAUCAGGUGCGCGAGACAGACGCUGCAAUGAUGGAGUCCAAGGCAGCAAUUAUUCUUGCCGCGGCUGUACUGGCCGUCCUCUUCGCCCCGGCAUUGGGUCAGAAGAGCAGCCCGCCGGCGCCGGCGCCCAUGUCGCUGCCGCCGACCCCGGCACCGGCGCCGGCGCCGCACUACGUGGACCUCGCGGAGCUCCUGAGCGUGGCGGGCCCGUUCCACACGUUCCUCAACUACCUGGAGAAGAGCAACGUGAUCGAGACCUUCCAGGGGCAGGCCAACAACACCAAGGUGGGCAUCACCGUGUUCGUGCCCAAGGACUCGGCGUUCUCGGCGCUGAAGCAGUCCACCUUCUCCAACCUCACCGCCGACCAGCUGAAGACGCUGCUGCUGUACCACGCGUUGCCCAAGUUCUACUCCCUGGCCGAGUUCAAGAACCUGAGCUCGCUCAACCCGGUGAACACCUUCGCCGGGUCGCCCUACACGCUCAACCUCACCGACGACAUGGGCAGCAUCUACGUGCAGUCCAUGUGGUCCAGGCCCAAGAUCGCCAGCAGCGUGUACGCCACCAGGCCCGUCGCCGUCUACGCGCUCAACAAGGUGCUCCUGCCCAUGCAGCUCUUCAGCAAGGACCCGCCGCUGGCGCCGGUGCCCGCGCCCGCCCCGGAGCCCGGCGCGUCCGACGCCCCCGGCCCGGCGGCCGGCAAGGCCGGCGGGCUGACGGGCGGCAAGGGUGACUCCACCAGCGCCGCGCGCGACACGGGCGCCGUCGGCGUUGCCAGUUCCUUGCUGCUCGCCGCCGCAGCAGGCUGCUUGAUUCUCCAGUGGUGAGGAGACUUGUGGUUGUGGGUCCGUUCUUGCCAUGUGUGGUGUUCGUGCUUCCCCUGCCCCCCACACUUGAUUUCGUCUUGAAUGGGUUGCUGGAGUCAUUCUUUUGGACAUAAUGUAGGCAUACCGUUAGGAUCGAGCUGGAGUACUUUUUUUACGUC